GGUGAAAGGAAACAUCCUGAACAUGUGACAUAAAACAACCAAUCAACGCUCUUGCGGGAGUACGUUAAGCAACAGAGCGAAGAUGGCCGAGGUAGAUUUUGGUGACAGUGAACUCUUUGAACAAUUGGGAGAGAGUAUGCCUACUGCAACUCACAUUCGGUUCACGGAGGAAGAGGAGGAUGGAGAAGAAGGCUCUGAACUCAAGGGAAGAUUGGGGGAGUGUGAGGAAACAAUACGGAGUUUGAUAGAAGAGAACCAAGAGUUGAAGAGAAAAUUGAAAGUGUUGACAAGGCCAAGUGGCAUUAAUGUUGAAAACAUCAAGAUUGAUGGUCCUCUUCUACACAUCCUUUUUGCAAACAAUAACAUCUCAAAGCAAUGCCGUCAAGAAAUUGAAGACUACAUCUGUAGUAUUGUUCAGAAACAUCAGCAGCAGGGAGUAGUUGAAAAAGGAAAUCCCUACGGAAAUGUCAACCCUCAGUCUUCAAGUUUCAUUAUGGAAGAAGAUCAGAAGACCAAGACCUCCUGUGGAAUCAAAAAGAUUAAGGAGGCCUUCAGUAUGGUGGGAAGUGUCCUGUAUUUCACCAGUUUCUGUCUGGACAAACUUGGACAGCCCCUGCUAAAUGAUAACCCCCAGCAGACAGAAGGAUGGGAGGUUCCAAAAUAUCAGCAGAUCUUCAGCCAGGUCAUUGCCUUAGAUGGACAAGAAGUACAGAUGAAAGAGAAAAGAGCUAAGCCUUGUUGUUUCAACUGUGGGUUGGAUGGUCAUCAACUUCGAGACUGUCCUCAGCCAAAGGACAUGGCCAGAAUCAACAAGAAGCGGAAGGAGUUUUGUCACGGUAACCAGGGAAACCUGAGCAAUCAGCGUUACCAUGCUGAGGAAGUGGAGGAGCGAUUUGCCAAAUACAAACCUGGAUUCAUAAGUGAGAAGCUGCUGUCUGCACUGGGAGUUGAUAUGAACACACUACCACCUCACAUCUACCGCAUGAGGCAGCUAGGCUACCCACCUGGUUGGCUUAAGGAGGCAGAGAUGGAGAACUCCGGUCUCAUGCUAUAUGAUGGGAAGGUUUCAAGUGAUGAAGAACCAACUGGGGACAAUGGACAAAAAAUCUCCUAUGAUGUUUCCAAGCUUGUAGAUUUCCCAGGCUUCAAUAUAUCUUCACCCCCUAGUGUGAAGGAUGACUACAGGCUAUAUGGCUCUAUUCCAAUGCAGCAUAAUCACAUGAAGCAGAAUUUUGCUGCUUAUCUGUCUAACAAUUUUCCAAUGCCUGGUGCCAACUGCAAUAAAAGACCACAUGAAUCCAACUCAACUCCCCGGCAGACAAAGAAAAGGAGAUCUGAUGCCAGGAGUUCAGAUAUGGACUUUGAUUCAGACCAGGAUACUACACCCCGCCGCCACCGGAGCUCAGACAGCUUCCAGUUCCAGCCCCCACUGCCCCCUUCCUCACCAUCCUUUGGUUCACCCCCUCCCUUACCUCAUGGUACUCCGCCAGCUACUCCCACACCACCUCCUCUUCCUAAGGGAACACCUCCCCCCACGCCCACUAAUGGCUCAAGGGCACUGCGGGGACGCACUGUGGGAGGGAGUGAGGAGUCUGCAGGCGGGGAGGAGGAAGAGCUGACACUGGAAGAGCUGGAGGAGCAGCAGAGGCUGAUCUGGGCAGCAUUGGAAAAUGCUGACACCGCCACCAACAGUGACUCUGAGACACAAGCUGUUGGAACACCCCUCCCCAGCUCGCCCAGCGUCUCCACACCCGCCCAUGUUGACACUGAAACUGAACUGGAGGAUGGUGAGGCUGAAGAUUAUGAGGAAAAGGAGGGAUUUAUGGAGGCUGCCAGCCACAACAGUGAUGAGCAGAUCAGUGUUGAGACAUCUUCUAGCAAAUGUCAGGAUUAUGAGGAAGAUGCUGAAGAUAAAGGCAAGGUGGUUGAAGACAAGAGCAGCUUACUGCAAUCACCAGAUGAAGAAGAGAGCCCUCAGAGCCCUGAAGCUGCCACAGAUAGAGGCAAUGUGCUUGCACAGAAGGUCAGAUUGCUGCAAACGCCAGUGCAACAAGUAAGUCGUCAGUCGGAUCCCUCAGGUCAAGAUGCUAUGGAGGGAGAUCUGUCUGACUCUUUGGGGAAUGUAAUGGCCGUGCCUCACCGGAGUAGGUUUGCACAGGGCAUUAUUCCCUUUGAGGACACGCCAGAAUUCACAGAAGUUGCUGAGGCCACCGGGACAUACCUUCGAAUCCGAGACUUGCUGAAAGGUUCCCCCCGAAAUAUGGCGAAAAUCAAAAAGUGAGAAAAGACUGGCUUGAAUUCAAAUCCAGGGAUUAUUUUGCAUAAACUUGUAUAUUUUUUAUUUUUUUUACAAGUCUUGAUUUCAUACACUUUCCUUUCUGUAAGUGUGCCACAGAAAUUGGAGCGGAACAGUUUGGUGACCUCAUUCAAACAUCCUUUUUAAUAUUUUAUUUUUUGUACUAAACUGAAUGUUUUUUCUGUGUAUGAGUUAGCUGGGGUCUAAAGAUGCAAGGUUUUUCUUUCAGGAAACCCCAUUGCUAGUUUAGGUAGUGUCUGUUUUGACAUUCACAUAAUCAUUUUUGUAGCAAUGACAACAUCCAUAUUGCUCUUUUUAGGUGUAAAGAUUUUAUAGAAUGUUUUUCCUCUUUCUGUUUUUACCAUCAAUUGAUAAUUUUACAGUUACAUGGUCUCAUUGCUGUCUAGGUGCGCCUCCUUUUCUCAUGGUUCAAGAAGCCUCCCAUUGGCUACUCUUAUCAAAUAAGGACAUUCAUUUUGAUGUUCUUUUAAAGUUAAUUUGAAACUCGUUGAUUUUUACAAUUCUAUCUUGACACAGGAAAUGGGUCUCUGCAUUCAGAAUCUCACUACAGCAAUAUGGCUGUGCAUAAUCUCAUGUUUAUUAUAUAUAUUUUUAAAGUA